CCACCCGCACGUGAUCUUCGCGGCGCGGGACCGGGGCGGCAAGCACGGCUGCGCCAACGGCAUGGAGGUGGACUACUCGGGCCGGGGCCGCGCGCGGCGGCAGCGGGGCGCGGCCAGGACGUUCCACACCAUGCUGGACGACAUGGUGCUGCCCGCCGACGUGAACCGCGACCUCUUCAAGGGCUUCCGGGAGGUGGACCUCGAGGACGAGGUGGUGGCGGAAGGGGACGACGCCGAGGACGAGGGCUACGAGUCGUACGAGGAGGCGGACGCCGACGGCGAGGACGACGAGGCGGGCAAGAAGAAGACGACGAAGAAGGAGGAGGACAAGGACCAACUCAUUGACGAGCAGAAGAAGAGCAAGAGGGAGAAGAAGAGGAGAAGAAAACUGAUGCGGCUCAAGAGAAACAUCCAGGGCAUGACCAAGUUCAUCGAGCUGGCCCUGGUCCUCGACAAGUCCAUGGUGGCGAAGUUCAGCCGCCGACCGAACUACACGAGGGAGGACAUUGUACACGACGCACUGCAGAUCGCCAACAUCGCGGACCUGUAUUUCCGCACGCUCAACACGCGCGUAUCUGUGGUGUACGUGGAGACGUGGAAAGAGGCCAACCAGGCCACCAUCGUCCCCAAGGACAUCGGGGAGACGCUGCGCAACUUCCACGAGUAUACGGCCAGGACCCUGUACACAAUCGGCAAGGACACGACGCAGCUGCUCAGUGGCGAGGAGUUUCCCAGCGGCCAGAUGGGGAUGGCGGUGCCUCACACGCUCUGCUCCGUCAAGGCCGUCGGCAUCGCGGUUGAGAUGAACGUGUACGAGCCGCACCUGCUGGGCGGCAUCGUCGCCCACAUGAUCGGCCACAAUAUCGGCAUGCUGCACGACGACGGCCGCGACGAGUGCUUCUGCAAGGACUGGCACGGGUGCAUCAUGGCGCAGUCCAUCAUCGGGCUGAACCAUGUGCUCCCCUACAAGUUCUCCGAGUGCUCGGCCAAGGAGUACAUGGAUGUGUUGCGCUUGGGGGAGGCCAUGUGCCUGCUGAACAAGCCCAACGAGAUCCCUGCGACCGGGGCCACUUGCGGGAACCGGAUCGUGGAGGGUCCCGGCGAAGACUGCGACUGUGGCACGGUGGACGAGUGCCAGGACGACAAGUGCUGCGACCCCAUCACGUGCAAGUUCGCCGCCAACGCCGAGUGCGCGCGGGGGCCGUGCUGCACCAGCGACUGCAAGCUGCGCGGCCCCGAGCAGGUCUGCCGCGAGUCGGCCGGCGAGUGCGACCUGCCCGAGUUCUGCACCGGCGAGUUCAGCAUCUGCCCGACCAACGUGUACAAGAAGAACGGCUCUCCGUGCGGGAAGACCAUUCACCAGGUUUCCACCAGCUUCUGCUUUAACGGCACCUGCCCUGUCAGAGACUUCCAGUGCGCCAAGAUCUGGGGAGAAGAUAGUGUAUCAAGCGAUACCGAAUGCUACGAGCAUUUUAACGUCAAAGGCUCUGAGAACGGCCAUUGUGGCACAGCAAAGGACGGUCUGCUGAGGCCAUGCGACAAACAGAACGUUUUGUGCGGGUCUCUGCACUGCACUGGCGGGGAGAAGAAGCCGAUCGGCGAAGAGACUGAACACUCCAGUAUCGUGACAACAAUGAAGGGCAGAGAGACGACGUGCAAGACACUUCAUGACUCGAGAGGGCUCGUCCAAGACGGCACAGGGUGCGGGGAGAACUUCAUCUGUCUGAACCAAACGUGCCAAAGCAUAUACCCCCACAUAGACAAGGACAACUGCCCCAGCAACCACGCAAGCAAGGAAUGUUCUGGGAAUGGGGUGUGCACCAACCAAAACCGGUGUUAUUGUACGCCGGAGUAUGCUGGCCCCGACUGCUCAAUACAGGUGCCGGAUCCUGUGUACAGGAUCCCACAGGCCACUACUACAGAGGAACCCAGCACCACAACGCCCAAAUUCGACCUGUCGAGCAAAAUGACUCAAAAGGAAACCCCCUACGAUGACAAAGCAUCCAACCACGUCUCCACCCUGUCCAUGGUAGUCACCUUGGUCAGCAUGGUGUUCGGGGUCUUUCUAUGCUUCGCAUCGGUUGCAGUUUAUUGCUACAGGUACGCCACGGCUCUCACACACUGGUGCAAAAGCAUAAAUCAAUGCCUUUUUAAAAAUACAAAUCCAACACUUUCGCUCUAAGCGUAUCUCAACUUU